AUGUCUUCACCAGAAGCCCUAUACUUAGGUUUCGACCUCUCUACCCAACAACUAAAAGAGAAAUCCUGUCCGUUCCAUCUCAUUAAAGGGAUUUCGGGCUCCGGUCAACAACAUGGAAGUGUUUAUUGGAGUCAAAAUGGUGAGGAGGUAUUGGGAGCUUUGGAGAAGGAAAAGACUUUGCUCGAACAGUUAAAGGAAACGUUUGCGCAUCCGUGGAGUCCGAACUGGCAGGAUGCGAGCACGCAGGAGGAAUGCGAUGCUUUUGAUAGGGAAUUGGGGAGUGAAGAGAAAUUGGCCGAGGUUACGGGGAGCAAAGCUCAUCAUCGAUUCACGGGACCACAAAUCAUGCGUUUUCAUAAAAAGUAUCCAGAGGUGUACAGACGUACUUCUCGUAUAACACUCGUCUCAUCAUUCCUAGCAUCUCUAUUCCUUGGUAAAAUUGCUCCUUUUGACAUCAGCGAUGUCUGUGGUAUGGAUCUCUGGGACAUCAAAUCUGGAUCCUGGAGCGAGCCCCUUCUUACCCUUGCAGCCGGCUCCGAUGGUCUCGCAUCUCUAAAAUCCAAACUUGGAGAGGUACGAGAAGAUGGCGGUGGAAGUAUGGGUUCCAUAUCCUCAUAUUUCACAUCUCGCUAUAACUUCCCCGCCGAUUGUGCAAUUGUCCCCUUCACCGGCGAUAAUCCCGCCACAAUUCUAGCACUACCUCUACGCCCUAUGGACGCCAUCGUGUCUCUUGGAACAUCCACAACUUUCCUCAUGUCAACACCCAACUACGUACCAGACCCUGCUUACCACUUCUUUAAUCACCCUACCACAGCCGGCCUCUACAUGUUCAUGCUCUGCUACAAAAACGGUGGACUGGCCCGCGAGAAAAUCAGAGAUGCACUCCCCGCCUCUACAACCUCAGACCCCUGGUCCAACUUCAACAAAGCCGCCACAGAAACUCCACCUCUAGCCCAAAAAUCCCCAUCCGAUCCCGCAAAAUUAGCCCUCUACUUCCCCCUCCCAGAAAUCGUCCCAAAUAUCCGCGCCGGUACUUUCCGCUACGAAUCUUCAUCAGAAGACACUCUAAACGAAACUCAAACAUCGUAUGAUCCCGAAACUGAUGCUCGAAUUAUCGUAGAAUCACAAAUCUUAUCUCUACGUCUUCGUUCGCAGAAAUUGGUCACGUCUCCUUCUAAGGAUAUACCAGCUCAACCUCGUCGUAUUUAUCUUGUUGGAGGUGGAUCGCUUAAUCCAGCGAUUGCGAAGAUUGUGGGUGAGGUUUUGGGGGGCGUGGAAGGUGUGUGGAGAUUGGAUGUUGGUGGGAAUGCGUGUGCAUUGGGUGGUGCUUAUAAAGCUGUUUGGGGUGUUGAGCGCAGCGGAAAAGAAGGGGGGAAGAUUGAGACUGGAAAUGAUGUUAAAUGGGAGGGAGAAAGUUUUGAGGAAUUGAUAGGGAGGAGGUGGAAGGAAGAAGGCGCUAUUGAGAAGGUGGAUGAGGGGUAUAGACCUGAGGUUUGGGAGAAAUAUGGAAGUGUUCUAGGCGCAUUUGCGGAGAUGGAAAAGACGGUUUUGGAGGUACCUAGGUAUUACAACUUACUUUUUGUGUCGGAUAAUGGGCCCCGGGUUGAUGGUGAUGGUGAUGGAAUAUGGAAAGGGAAGAGUGGUAAGGUUAGGGUGAGGGUGAGGGAAUAUUGUAUAUAA